GGUGGACGGAUGGCAAAAGUGAUUCCACCUCCUUCAAAACUUUCACCGAAUUCUCAUUAUUUGUGGCUGUUAAUGGUCGAUUGAUUAGUUCUUCGUCAUGGCCAGUUAUUUCCAGACCCUCAGAGAGAAAUUUGCAGGCCUCCCCACGCAUCAGUAUCGGCUGAGACACCUGAAGAACAUCGCUGCAAGAAACCUCAUCCUUCCUGAUGACUUGCAACACAGCGAUGUCUCAUAUUUCCAAACCUAUUUCACCCUCCACCAGACUGCAGAGUCCAAGGCUUUCUACACCAGUGAGAUCAUCGAGGGCUCAUUAAAUCCAAACUGGAGAAGUUUUGAUCUUGUUCGAUUCCAAGAUGAUAUCAAUACAGCUUCAUCAUCUUUCACCAUCCGAGUCUGGGGUGGCAAGAACCACAACUUCCGCCUGAUGUGCGAGUGGGUGCUCGACUUGAGUGGAUUAGUUUUCCUUGGAGAGCAGACACAGAAAGAUGCCAUCAAGUAUAAACCAAACUCAUUGUUGUUUGGAAUGUUCGAUGUUUAUUUUGGUGCUCCAAUGGAAGAAUUCCAAGAGUUCCCAGUGCAGGAUGAAAGGGAUGCUGGGCCACGGUCUCCUGAUGUGCUGCUUCACUCAAGGAAAGUUGAACAGGCCUCAGUCAGGAUGUCUUACACCACAAACUCCCUGGCAAGAAUCAUCACCGUUCUGCGCGCCAUCAAACAAACGCAGGCUACAGUAAGGAAGGUGCGGACAUCAAUCGAGGACCGUCUCCUGCUGUCUCAGUCACGAUCAAGGAAGCUGGCAGAGAGGGAGAUGCUAUUACUGAAGGUGAACCAAGCGAGGCAGGAGCUGGAGUGGCAGACCAACCAACUUCAACAGGAGAAGGAUGCGUAUGAGAGGCUGCAGGCUACCAACCAUCAGAAAAAUAUCUCGCUGCGCAACCGGCAUGACACAUUGACAAGAGAUGGUGACCGGCAUAUUGAUAAAUCCAAAGGAUAUUUUGAUCAGAGGGACAAGUAUAUCAAAACCAAUGCACAACUCUUCAUGAGAAGGAAACAACUGAUUUCCGAGUUAGCCAUCAUCUACCCGAUAGAAGAGAAUAAAAACCAACAACAUACAGUGUGUGGAGUCAGGCUGCCGAAUUCAGAAGAUUUUCAGGGUGAAGACGAGACGAUGAUAGCGUGUUCCCUCGGUUAUACCUGCCACCUUGUCCAGAUGAUCAGUCAGUUCCUGGACAUACCGCUACGCUACCCAAUGGAGUUCGGCGUGUCGAGGUCGCGGAUUCAUGAUCAUAUCAUAGAUAAACUAUCCGACUCCGAUAGAGAGUUCCCAUUAUAUAGCAAAGGAAAAGAACGCUUCAAAUUCAACUAUGCCGUUUUCCUCCUCAACAAGAAUAUAGCCCAGCUACGCAACUACUGCGGCCUUGGUACGACCGAUCUCAGACUGACAUUACCUAACCUGAAGAGUCUGUUGGAGCUUCGACUAGGAGUCCGAUUUGACAGCCCUGAGAAGCUUCUGAGCGGUUCGACUAAAGACUUGUACAUCCAGCACCGCAGUGAGAAGCGUCCGAUGCAAGGCCAGAGUGCCAACACGUCUCCAAGCAAGACCCAAACUCAAAAGCAAUCGCCAACCAAAUCAGACAGCAUGCUACAGCGGCGAAACAGCGGGUUCGACGACAUUCUAAUUCAAGAAGUGGCAAAAAUGCAACCACCGAAAUCUAACUACAAUAGUAACAGUUUAUCAAGCAGUCCAAAGAAGUCCUAUCCACCUAGUCCAACGCAGAAAUUGGAUGCGGAGUUUGAUGAAAUCUUCAAAGGCUCGCCAGAUAGUUUUUUCGAAGUGAAAAAUCAGGUGGCGGAGAUUGAUGAUAGCCGGGAAAGCAGUGUUGAUAGAGGACAUGAUCAGUUAUACCCUCUACGUGAACACUUUUUGAAAAAUCGCAGCCGUGAUAGCAGCCUGGAGCGGUCGGAGUGUGCAGAGACAAUGAACGUGGACUUCUAUAACACAGUGUCGGUGGAGUCGGACUUGUUGAAAGAUAGUGACAAUGGGGAUGUAAACCGGGGGAUGACGCCCCCUGAUGGUGAUAGUGAGAACUAUGAUUCUAAAUUCAAAACGUGGCAUAAUACAACGCGGAUAAACGCAGAUGGAGCAGUGCAAAUAGAACACGGUCAUUCGUUGAAUAAAAAUGAACCGUUAGAAAUACAAAUUGGGGAAACUCGUGAAAACGAUUCUGGCAAUAAUCAGGAGGAUCAUUUCACCGACAGGUUACAUGCAUUGUCUAUUGGGUCGAGGUUUCAGAUGCCAGUGGGUAACAUUGUCUCCGCAGAUCACUCGGAUGAUGACAUUCAUGUAGAAUCGAGUGCUGGCGCUGGUGAUUGAUUGACAGCAAUGUGACAGAGUGUCAGGUCUGUGAUUGGUUGAUGUGGAUCAUGUGUUCAUUAGUCAAUUAAGUGAUUGGUUGUGAUGUACAUGUAGGUGCCAUAUCUGGACUAUAACAAACGGUUUGAAGCUUUAGUCUAGGGGACGCCUCAGUCUCAAAUCUGCCUGUCAUUGAAAACCCCCAGAAGUUAUUGAAUCCUUGAAAAUCUUGGGGGGGGGGGG